UUUUUUGACGUAAGAGAAGCCAUUUUGACCUAAGCCAUUUUGUGAUCUAAGCUGUGGCCACAGUGCUAGUCCUUGAACAGAUCUCAGCAAUAAGGAGCUUAAGGGAACAAAACAACAAACUGUUAUCAGGCAGGAGGAAUAACAAUAACAAAGAUAAUUUAUCAGUUGUUACAACUCCUGGUUCUGUUUCAAUGAUGCUUCAAUAGCCUGAAGCACUUUCCCGAGAUGUUUUGCAGAAUUUAAACACCCCCCUCAGGCGCCCGACCACCAGAUCUACUGAAACCUAGGGGACGGUGACUCUAACAUUUUCUGACCCUCCUGACUUCAAUCACCUAAAGCUUGGAUGCGGUUGACCUCUGCUCCAAUUCUGCGCUGAAUUCUCCUCUGCUCGAGCCCCUCUAUGCAUACGCAUAUACCCUCAGCUUAAAACUUCCCCGCUUUUGCUGUUAACAGACACUGCUUUGGGAAAGCUCCCCGGUGUCCGCCUUACUUGCUGCAAGUAAUAAAUCCUUCCUUCCCCCCAUCUUUGGCUCGUGUGUCUUUCAGCUCAACACCCACCAAGAGGUGAACCCAAUUUUCAGGUAACAAGACUGACACUGCUGUCCCUCUGGGCAGGUCCAAGUUUGGAGUGGGCACUGGAAGCUGAGUUUUCCCUCUUCCCCACUUCCACAGGGUGCCCCUGCAAGCAGGAGCAAGCCGUGUUGGCAAAACUAAAGGGAUAAGAUCCCUGCCUCUACCGAGGUCCCACCCCAAACCUGGGGAAGGGGGCCAAGGGGAGGGGAGGACACAACAGGGUGAGGAUUUUGAAGCAGGGGAUUCAAAGGGGUCACGAGCUCUUGAUGCUUUCUACCGAAGAACUGGCUCUUUUGGGAAGUUCCUGUGAUGAACAAUGAAACCAUUUGCCUGGGAGUCUCCUGGCAAAGUAAAGUGAUACUGAAAAAGACAGUAGACCACUGUGCUAGUUUCCUACAGUUGCUGUAACAAAUGAACACCAAUGUAGUGGCAUAAAACAACACACAUCUGCUGUCUCACAGCUCUGGAGGCCAGAAGUCCAAAAUCGAUUUCGGUGGCUAAAGUCGAGGUGUCCACAAGGCUGGUUCUGGGGGAGAAUUUGUCUCCUUGUCUUGUCCAGCUCCUAGAGGCCACCUGCGUUUUAUGGUGCACCUUCCUUUCACCUUCAAGGCUAGCAGUGUAGCAUCUUCUCUCCUCUCUGACCUCUGCUGUCUUCACAUCUUUUCUCCCCCUAAUUCUACCGCCUCUCUCUUAGGAGGACCCUUCUGAUUCAACUGCAUUCACAGAGAAUCCAGGAUAAUCUCUCCAUUUUAAGACAUUUACUCAGCCCUUGCAAAGGCCCUUUGCCACGUUCUGUGACAUAUUCACAGGCUCUGGAGACUGGGAUGUGGACAUCUUUGGGGGCGGGGGUAGGAGGAGCACAAUUCAGCAAAGUCACAUCAGUGUAGGUCUGGCUGUGGCUCAAGUGUCCAGGCUGAACGUGGGGACAGAUAGCUUGGUUCUCACACCCUGACCCUCAGGGCGGUGGCCACAGAUCAGUGACUCUGCCACCUGUGGAAGUCCUGCCAGGCUCCUGGCUUUGCUGCACGCCCUGAAGACAGGCACUGCCAUCCACCCCCCCCACCACUUGACAGAUUGAGGAAACUGAUUAGAAAGUGUUUAAGGAUUUGCCAGGGAGGGGUGGGGCGGGGCCAGGGGCCCGAUCGGGAGCCCCCCUGGCUCUCUGCUUCUCCCAGCAUCUGGGGGCAGAAGUUGCGGCUGCUGGGAGGUGGGCGGGUGCCGAGUGCAGACAAGCCUCCCGCGUGCUCUCCCCGCCCCUCCCUGCUCUCGGAGACAGAGCCACGCGCCCGAGCUCGCAGCCGCUCGCUGUCUCUCCCGGAGCUGCCGCCGCUGCUGCCACCGCCGAGAUGCCUCCCCCCGGCCUGGAGCUGAUGAGCGGCCGGGUGCUCCCGGCCUUCCUGCUCUGCAGCACGCUGCUAGUCAUCAAGAUGUACGUGGUGGCCAUCAUCACGGGCCAAGUGAGGCUUCGGAAGAAGGCUUUUGCUAACCCUGAGGAUGCUCAGAGACACGGAGGCCUCCAGUAUUGCCGGAGCGACCCAGAUGUGGAACGUUGUCUCAGAGCCCACCGGAAUGACAUGGAGACCAUCUACCCCUUCCUGUUCCUGGGCUUCAUCUACUCCUUCUUGGGGCCUGACCCCUUCGUUGCCUGGGUGCACUUCCUGGUCGUCUUCCUGGGCCGCAUGGUACACACCGUGGCCUACCUGGGGAAGCUGCGGGCGCCCACCCGCUCUCUGGCCUACACCCUGGCCCAGCUCCCCUGUGCCUCCAUGGCCCUGCAGAUCGUCUGGGAAGCAGCUCGCCACCUGUGACCAGCCGCUGACACUUCCUCGGCCGCCAGACCCCCGGCCACGAGCCACCGGGAGACCAGGUGCCCCUCUGAGAUUGUGAUAGGCCCCGGGGCCUGGUAUCCUGGCAACCAGCUGGAUUCCUGGGUGAAGCCACCGAUUGGAACUGUUUAGAGACCGGUUGUCACGACUGAUAGAAAAUCCUUCCACUUAAAGAACAGAGCAUGAAAAGUAUCCCUCCCUCUUCCUCCCCAGGUCUGGGAAGGGUGAGCAGAGACUCAGUUCAGGUUUCUGAACCUAACGACCCUCUGAAUGCAGGGCUGUAAUAAAUAAGGACUUCUCACCUCCACCCCAGAGAUGCUGAUUUAGCUGGUCUAGAGGGGAGCCUGGGCGUCUGCAUUUUUAGGAAGUUCCUGUGAGUCCCGGCAAUGGCCGGGCCUGGGGCCCACUGCCAGUCCCCUCUAGGGGAGGGCCCAGGACCGGCAGGUGGGAGUUUCUUUCCCGGUGGGAGAAGGGUUGUGCUCCUUUGUGCCCUGUUGACACUUCCCUGUGCCACAUUCCUUUGCUGCAUCCUUCUGUCUUGGGCACAGGUGCCGAUGGGAAGGGCCCACAGUAGGGUCAGCCUUCUCUUCCCAAGGCUUUAGUUGCUCUGAAAGGCUGUCAUUCAAGGACAACGGGCUUUGAAGGACCAACCGCUAAAAGGAAAUUUUGACUCCUUCGGUAUUUGCAAGGCUUGAAAACCGCAAAUGUGCACCCCUGCCGGGAAUCAUGUGUCUCUCCUGGACUCUUGCAGUAAGAGCAUGUGGCUUUAGUCAUUAAUGAAGUGUCUGACCAGCUUGGCCCCCUGGCGGCGGGUUCCCGGCAUCCACCACCGCCCAGGCUGGCUGGGGAUCCGGCUCGCCCGACACUCUUGCGGGUCUGUGUCUGGGGGCGAAACUGACAAGACACAGUCUCUGGCAAACACACAAACCCACCCAGCGAGGGUGCUGAAUCAUGCAGAAAGCGAGCAGGCUGCUGGGAGACACCCUCCCGCCUCCUGCCGUGGGCCAGUAAGAUGGUCAGUCAAGCCCAUUUUUACACAUGAGGAAACCGAGGCUCAAGGUGGACUCCCUGCAGUGUGGGAUCAGCUCUGAACCCCACCUGUCUGGCUCCCCCAAACUGCUCUAACCAUUGUGAGGUCCUGCCUUUCCCCAGACCCCCCUCCCCAGCGCUGCCCCUUUCCUCCAGGAUCUAGGGAAGCCCCCCUCACACCUGGGCAUGGCCUCCUCUCACAGCGCUGCAGCCCCCGAGCUUCUGCCCUCGCGGACUGAUGGGUCUGCCUAGUGGGGGCCUCACUGGGGACCCAGGGUUCCCCAGGCCUCACCAGAAAUCCGAGUCGGCCCCCCUGCCCAGCCGUGCUAGGAGGUGGGAUGGGUAGCACUGCUUCCUGGUGGUGAGAUGAGUCUCUGUUCUGGGGCUGCAGCCGCACAUCUGGAAACAGAAAGCGCGUGUCCCUGUAUUCAGUGUCUGCUCUUUGCUAAGCAUCGGCUGAGCACGGUGUUCACAGUUUUUUUUCCACUUGAUCCUCCGCCCCAGGAAGGAGGUAUUUCUGCUUUUUGAUGAGGAAAGUAAGGCUCAGGAAGGAGCUGUAACUUGCCCAACAUCCCUGAGCUGGGAUGUGAUAAAAGAGGAGUAGACCCAGGAUGUGUGCUUGUGUUUUAAUACUUUCCCUUCCCGGACCAGGGAAAGAGGGACUGAGAGGGCAAAGUACCCAGCUCAGACCCGGGUGAGGAGGGCAUCCGAUACCCACAGGGACCCUGUGACCCUGGGACCGAGGGAGGGGGCAGCUCCUCGGAACUGCAGAGACAGCAGCCCCUUGUGCACUGGCCCAUCAUUCACUCCCUGCCCCGGCCCCCGGGACCCCUCAGAUGCUGAGCGGCAAACAGGGUGGGGGGACGGCAGGACAUCAGACAGUGACAACUCCAAGUACUCAGUGCCCUAAGGGGGGGUGGGCAGUGGGAGCACAGGGAGGGCCUCUAACCCCUGCUGGGGAGGGGCUUCCUAGGGGACGUGACAGCUCGCCUGCCAUGGGCGUAAACAGACCAGCUUUGGGGGCGUGUCCAAUCCAGCUGAGGAAAGAUGAGCAGAGCUCAGCCCCCCGGGGUCUUGUGCCUGGGAAGUGGCGGGUGGGGGGGGGGCGUGUGGGAGGGGGGGUGGGCGGAAAGGGGCUCAUUCAAGGCCUUGGGGCCUUGUGGGGUGGGUUCAGAGCCAGGGUGAGGAGAAGUGGGCGAGGGGUUAGUGACGUGGGUCUGUGUCCCAAGAGGACUUCGAGAAGCCACAUGGAAGGCAGCAUGGUGAGGUUGACAGCUGGGCACUGGCUCUUGUUCCCAAACUGACGCAGACAGUGCCCAGCUGUCCCUCCAGUUUCUGGAGGGGCCGGGAAGAGGCAGGCGCAGCCUGACGGCAGGGAGGGGCAGCUGGCAGAAGCCGGGCGAUGUUUCCAGGGUAGACCCGGAACCCUCCAGGAUGGGGAAGGGCUGGGGGCGGCUUCCCGGAGCAGCUGCCCCUGGGGCUGAACCACAGCGCCCCUUUCUUGGGCAGCGGCGAAGUGAGCACAGCAGGUGAGACGAUGCGGGUGGGCUGGCCUGGCCAGAAGCCCCACCCACACCCCGCCCCAGGCCAUCCUGGGCGCUGGUGAAUUCCUCUGACUUCGCCUCGAUCGCACCCCAUCCAGAUGCGGGGCGCCCUCUUGGGCUGCCUCCUCCUGACCCUGGGCUGUGGGUGGUGCGAAGUGUGGGCAGUGCUGGGGGGCAGGGCAGUGCGGAGCAGCAGCCUGGGGGCAGGCAAGGACUUUGGGGCCCAGCCCAGGCUUGGGAAACCGGAGCUGCCCCUGACUGGAGCCUGGUGGCUGGAGGCAACUUCUUCUGGGCUCUGAGUGAGCAGGAAAGCCCAGAGCCAGCCUGGGGUAUCACACAGACCCCAGGGUCAGGGCCCUGGUCUGUGAGUUAGGGGCCCUCUCCUCAAAAUGUUGCCCGUUUGGUCCUAAUGCUAUAGAACCUUUCACCCCCACCCGGGUACACACACUUCUUUUUUUUUUUUUUUUUAAAUAAACUUUAUUUAUUUUUGGCUG